AUACAGGUGUGUCUGAUAUCAAGAAGAACCUUUGUGACAUGCUUUUGAGGAGACUUGCAAGGCAAGGAAGGGUAUUUCCCGCACACUUCCGCUAUUGCCUUGGUAAUGGGGACUUGUUUUAUUGGUUUUACCUUCUUCUUCUAGUUCUCCUCCCCAUCCUGCCAGGGGAUGAGGAGUGAGCAAGUGGCCACAUGGCGCUCAGCUGCCGGCUGGGGCUAAACCACAACAAGGGAAAUAUCCAAAUGUCAUCUUUUGGUAUUCCCUUGUCUUCUGUGUGGAUCAUCAGCAAGGUGGAUCCUGGAAUUGCACCACACAAGUUCAGUGUCACAGGUGUGACCAGUGUAGACAAAGCAUCUCCCUUUUCCUGCCCUCACUGCAUUCAUGAGCAGUCAGCACGGGCUGACAGCUGACUUCACUACAGCAGGUCAGUGAUAUCAGCACAGAUGAACACUCAUGUGUACUUAGCACCUCCAAUUUCAGCUGUCUGCAGACAGCCACAUUUGGAGUAAGGUCUUCUUUUAAUGCCAGGCUUCUGACUUUCUCUGGAAUUAGUUUGAAAGGUGAGAGACCUUAUUUCCUUUUGUCCAUGGAGUUCCCAUUUUUCCAUGGAAAGAUAACAAAAAAAACCUGUGAAGAACUGCUGAGCAAGAACAGAAAGAAUGGUAGCUAUUUAAUACGAGAGAGUGAAAGCGUGGAAGGAGCCUUGUGUCUCUGUGUUUUCUUUGAAGAAAUCAUCUACACUUAUCGUAUCUUCAGGGAACACCACGGAUAUUUUAGAAUACAGACUUCUGAAGGUGUUCCCCAGAGGAUAUUUGGAACGUUAAAGGACCUAAUAUACAAUUAUGAAAAGCCAAAUCAAGGACUAAUUACAAACCUUCGCUACCCAGUAAAGAAACCAAAGGCCUCACAAAGAAGCCAGAGGUUCAAGUCAGGAAAGGAUGACGUUUAUGAUGAAGUUUAUGAAAGCGAUUACAUCACUGUCUUACCGUGAACAAUCUGCAACCUGAUGAUUUGGGAAGCUGCCCUUUGGGGCUGUGCCACAGCAGAACGGACCAGCCGGGGAGAGCUGCCAG